AUGUUGAGAUCUAGCUCAGAAAUGUGUGGGCCGGUCCUCCCUAUGUCUGAGAAGAAGGGUUCAGUUAGCUCCAUAAACAGUGAACUUUCCUUGGAAGAACUCAACAUUCCUGAAGCUACUCUUCACUACCGAAUUGUUGCAAUGUAUACCCGAGAUGACGACAUGAAGCUCCUCUUUUGCGAAGGGAAGUACGACCAAGCUAUUUCUGACAAUUGGGCUGUGUUUGCCGAUAGUGCAGACGAGCAUGUUUCAUCUGAAGGCUUGUACGGUGUAACACAACGAUAUUUGUCAUUGACUGAAGAGAAUGCGACUCCAGGACUUUUGGAAAUUUUCAAGUCUUUUGAAUCAUCUUCAGAUAAUUUGACAGGUUGCAACAAGACUUUCCGCAUUAGUGAGCUUAAGACAAAAAACCAACACCGAGGAAUAAUUAUGGUGGACGGACCCAUGAAUGAAUUUGAAGUAUGGUUUGAGGCCUUGUUGCUUUCGGAAGCCCAACUUGAUACGGCUGCCAUGCCCAUUGUGGAGACUCCAGAGUUUGUAAAGAAAACUGCUGAGGCUAUUACUAACUUGUUUGACCGUGAGAUGCGUAAUGUUACACACGAUGAUAUGUGGGCUACCAAGGGUAGAGCAUAUUUCACUUCACGCAUUGAAUUUUUUGUGAGUCGUCGUGCAACAAUUGAGGCAUGUUUGCCUGCUUUCCCCUGCAAAUCAUCCAACACUAUGAAGGUUGCCGGAUCCAAGCCUGACAAGGGGGAGGAACUAGCUUUACGCCGAUUACUUGCCUUUAGCAAGAUGGUUCGAGAACUGUAUGAACCUGGCUUGAAGAUUUGGAUUGUAUCUGACGGUCACGUUUUUAGCGAUUGCAUUGGUGUUGAUGACAGUGUUGUUGAUCGAUAUGGAGCUGAGCUAAAGACUAUGUAUCGUCAAAUCACUAAGGAGGACACUAUUGGGUUCCGCUCUUUGCCCGAGUUGUUUACAUCUCGGUUGGGUGCUUUUAAGAAGGAGUAUACUGAGAAUGUUGUUUUGCUUCAUUACUUGAAUAGUGAAAUUAAGCCUGAUGCUGAGGUGUGCCGUGAGAUUCUCAUGUGUGGAUGCUCAACAGAUCCCAGCAUUUUGCGGUCCAUGAUUGAUGCCAAUGAUGCAGCCAAGAUUGCUCUGUAUCGUGGGUUUUCUCGCUUUAUGUUUGAAGAUUUGGCUGAACAGCCCAGCACACUUAACAUGUCUUCUAAGGCACGCAAGAAACUUGCUAGUAAAGUUGCGUUUGAAAUGAUUAAGCGUAAUGAGGCAUACUCCAACUUGGUUGGUCUUGUUUUACCAUAUCACUUGCGUUUGUCGAUUCACGCUCAUAAUAAUAGCGGCCCCAAGUUUGGCAUUCGGUUGUUGUCGCAUGAUAAGGUUCGAACCGUCAAGUCGUUGUCACUAGAAGAGUUGCAAUCUUCAGAUGACUUGUUGCAUAUUCCUACACCCUGGCACAAUUGUGUGGUUGACUUGGAGGGUAAGGAGUGCUAUUAUGUUGUCAAGUCUAAGGUUGUCAAGGAUGCUAUGGCAACUCAGGACUAUGCUGGGGAAUGGGUGGAAGGUACCUAUGGUGAAGGUGGUCGUUUCCAUUUGAUGCAUGUUAGUGGCGGCAAUGAAGAUUUUAGCGAGAUGAGUAGCAGCUUUGAAAUGUCUAGUGGUGCUGCCAAUAGUUCUGACAGUGAAUAUCCCAGCAGUGUUGCGGAAGAGGAUAUUGAUACAGAGAGCAGUGCUGGGUUGUUGACGAGUGUUACCAAGCAACUUGCAGGUAUUGCUUUGAAUGGUGAAGGCCGAAGCAAUUACAAGAAUAAUAAUAAUAAUAAUCAUGAUAAUAAAGCUAUAGUUCCCAAGCGAUAUGGAGUAUUGUUUGAUGUUGCUUUGCGUUUGGGAGAUAUUAUGAGCGUUAUGGAAGCACUUUCACUUGUUCAUGAAAAGUAUCAGAGCUUGGACAUUAUGCUUAUUGCUUGUGAUAAAAAUGCAGUUUCUGGAGCAUUUGCUGGUGUUGUUGCUGCAUUUGGAAAUAUUCCUCUAUAUUGUGUAGAGGAGGCUCCUAAGUUUGAUGUUCUUGUUGUUCCUGGGACUGUUAAAAGCAAUGGUCGGCUUAGCUGCAAGAUGUGCAAGUUUAUUAAUGAGCAGCAUGAACAAGUGAUGCACGUGUUUGGAGCUGGUUCUGGGUCAUUUAUUUUGAGCAAGGCUGGAGUACUUGAUGGUUUGGAGGCGAGUGUUGGAGAGAAACGCAAGAUGGUGGCUAUGCGCAGUUAUGAGAAUGUUGCAUGGGUGAAUAAACCAUGGGUUCGCAGUGCCAAUGUAUGGACUUCUAGCAAUGCUAGUUCAACUAUGGAUGCUUUGUUUGCAUUUAUUGCGGAAGUUUAUGGUGAUGAUAUUGGUUGUUAUGUGUCUAGCAGCAUGGGAUACUAA